CAUUAUUUCCUCGCACAAGAUCCUUCAACGACAUCGACAAAACCGACAACAAAAUGGCCGACACGAAGGCGACGCCCACCAACCCUAUGAAGGAGCCCCGGAUUGACAAACUUGUCAUCAACAUCUCCGUUGGUGAAUCUGGUGAUCGUCUGACCCGUGCAUCCAAGGUCUUGGAACAGCUCACUGGUCAAACACCAGUCACCUCCAAAGCCCGUUACACCGUCCGUACCUUCGGUAUCCGUCGUAACGAAAAAAUUGCCGUCCAUGUAACGAUUCGGGGCCCCAAGGCUGAGGAGAUUUUGGAGCGUGGCUUGAAGGUGAAGGAGUACGAGCUGAGACGAAGGAACUUCUCCGAGACGGGAAACUUUGGUUUCGGUAUCCAAGAGCAUAUCGACUUGGGGGCUCGGUAUGACCCUGGUAUUGGUAUCUUCGGUAUGGACUUCUACGUGGUGAUGGGACGUCCUGGUGCUCGUGUGGCAAGGCGGAAGCAGAAGAAGGCCCGCAUUGGCUUCACCCACCGUAUCAAGAAGGACGAUACGAUGGCAUGGUUCAAGCAACGAUUCGACGGCAUCAUCUUGAAAUAAAUGUUUUCGCCUCUUUGCUCUACUAUGCCUUAUGAUACAUAUGCUCGUGUGUUAUAUUGCAUUUUCAUUCAUCAAGCCACACAUCGGGUAAUGCGUGAGACUUUAGAGGAACCAGAAUUUUAGCCAGCAAGUGGUGGCACUGGCGAUUUCGCAUGUACGGCGAAAGCCUGUUUAAA